CCCCAGCCCCGGGAGCACACCGGCGCCAGCUCCGUGGCCGGGACCUCACGGCACACACAGCCUCGUCCCACCAGGACCACGGUGCCAUGGGCUUCGGGCCGGAGCUGUGGAGCCCGCAGGGGCACAGCGCGCUGCUGCGGCUGCAGGACAGUGAGCUGCGCCUCCUGGAGCUGAUGAAGAAGUGGAUGUCGCAGCGGGCCAAGAGUGAUCGGGAGUACGCGGGGAUGUUGCACCACAUGUUCUCCCAGCUGGAGAAGCAGGAGGGCUCUGGGCAGCUCCGUGCUGGUGACCACGGAGGCCAGAUUGGGGAGUCGUGGUGGGUGCUGGUGAGCCAGACGGAGACGCUGAGCCAGACCCUGCGGCGGCACGCAGAGGAGCUGGCGGCGGGGCCGCUGGCCAAGCUGAGCCUGCUCAUCCGCGACAAGCAGCAGCUCCGCAAGGCCUUCAGCGAGCAGUGGCAGCAGCUCAGCCAGGAGUACACCCGGACCACCCAGCAGGAGAUGGAGAAGCUGAAGGCGCAGUACCGCAGCCUGGUGCGUGACAGUACCCAGGCCAAGCGCAAGUACCAGGAGGCCAGCAAAGACAGGGAGAGGGAAAAGGCGAAGGAGAAGUACGUGCGCAGUCUCUGGAAACUCUACGCCCUGCACAACCAGUACGUGCUGGCUGUGCAGGCAGCCGCGCUGCACCACCACCACCACUACCAGCGGGCGCUGCCCAGCCUCCACGAGUCCCUCUACAGCCUGCAGCAGGAGAUGGUCCUCACUCUGAAGGAGAUACUUGGGGAGUACUACAGCAUCAGCAGCCUGGUGCAGGAGGACGUGCUGGCCGUACACCAGGAAAUUGCCCAUGCUAUCGAAGCGAUCAACCCUGCCACUGAGUACAGCAGCUUUGUCCAGUGCCACAGCUCUGUGCCGGGUGCCCACAGGUAUGGCUGCGAGGUGCCGCCAGCCGUCACCUUUGACGAGAACUUGCUGGAGGAGACGGAGAGCCUGGUGCCAGGGGAGCUGCAGCUGAACGAGCUGACUGUCGAGAGCGUCCAGCACUCCCUGACGUCCAUUGAGGAGGAGCUGGCGGCCACCACAGAGACUGUGAGCAGCAAGGAGCAGCGGGUGCGGGAGCUGCAGGCUGAGAUCCAGGGCGAGGAGCAGGGGCUGAGACCCGGGGAGCGGGUGCACUUGCUGAGCAAGCGCCAGGGGCUGCAAGAGGCCCAGCAGCAGCUCCAGGGCUGCCUCUGCACCCAGGCCAAGCUGCAGGCACAGCGGGAUGUGCUGGCCAACAAGCUGGCGGAGCUGGGCUCCGGAGAUCCCCUGCCUGCCCUGCCCCUGCAGGAGGACCGGCACUCAGUCUCCUCCGUGGAGCAGGAACGCAGCGGGGCCACUGCGCUGGAGACCCUCAAGAACCACAUCUCGGGCAUCUUCAGCCCCAAGUUCUCGAACUUGUACCGGCUGGAGGGCGACGGCUUCCCCACCAUCCCGCUGCUCGUCGACCACCUCCUGCACAGCCAGCAGCCCAUCACCCGCAAGAGCGGGAUCAUCCUGGCCAGGGCCGUGCCCAAGGACAAGUGGGUGCUCAACCACGAGGAUGUGCUGCUGGGGGAGCGCAUCGGCCGGGGUAACUUUGGGGAGGUCUUCAGCGGCCGCCUGCGUGCUGACAACACCCCCGUGGCUGUGAAAUCCUGCCGGGAAACCCUGCCACCUGAGCUCAAGGCCAAGUUCCUGCAGGAAGCCAGGAUCCUCAAACAGUAUAACCACCCCAACAUAGUCCGGCUUAUCGGCGUCUGCACCCAGAAGCAGCCCAUUUACAUUGUCAUGGAGCUGGUGCAGGGGGGGGACUUCCUGAGCUUCCUGCGCAGCGAGGGGCCCCACCUGAAGGUGAAAGAGCUGAUCAAGAUGACAGAGAACGCUGCAGCAGGCAUGGAGUACCUGGAGAGCAAGCGCUGCAUCCACAGGGACCUGGCUGCCCGCAACUGCCUGGUGACGGAGAAGAACAUCCUGAAAAUCAGCGACUUCGGGAUGUCGCGGGAGGAGGAGGAUGGUAUCUACGCCUCCACGGGAGGCAUGAAGCAGAUCCCUGUGAAGUGGACUGCCCCCGAGGCACUGAAUUACGGCCGAUACAGCUCGGAGAGCGACGUCUGGAGCUUCGGGAUCCUGCUGUGGGAGGCCUUCAGCCUGGGCGCCGUCCCCUACGCCAACCUCAGCAACCAGCAGACGCGCGAGGCCAUCGAGCAGGGCGUGCGGCUGGAGCCCCCCGAGCAGUGCCCCGAGGAGGUGUACCGCCUGAUGCAGCGCUGCUGGGAGUACGACCCCCGCCGGCGGCCCAGCUUCAGCGCCGUCCACCAGGACCUCAUCGGCAUCCGCAAGCGGCACCGGUGAGGGGCAGCCCCGCGCCCCGGGGCCGUCCCGCCGGCAGCGCCCGUCCCGCGGGCGGGGCCCGCCUGGGAAGCGGGUGCCGGGGGCGGCCGGGCGGCGGCGGGCGCGCACCAGGAGGCUCCCGGGCAAUAAACGUGGGCUCUGC